AUGGAUCUUAUAAAGUUAAAACUUGGUGUAACAAUAUCCUACUCCACAGCCUUGAGAAGGAAAAAUCUGGCUAUUUCUGAGUUGCGUGGUGGUUCGGAAGAGAGCUACAAGAUGCUAUAUAGCUACUUGUACAUGUUAGAGCAGGUCAAUCCGGGAACAAAAACAGGGGUGAAGUUGGAUGAGGCAAAUAAGUUCAAGUACCGCUUCAUAGCUCUGGGAGCUUGUAUUGAAGGUUUUGCAGCCAUGAGGAAGGUGAUAGUUGUGGAUGCCACAUUUUUGAAGAAUGGAUAUGGUGGUGUACUAGUAUUUGCUAAAGCUCAAGAUCCUAAUCGUCACCAUUAUCCGCUUGCGAUUGGUGUACUCGACGGUGAGAAUAAUGAUAGUUGGACAUGGUUUUUCGAGAUGCUCAAAACUGCUAUACCAGACUCUUCUGAAUUAGUUUUUAUGAGCGAUAGAAACCAGAGCCUCAUCGCGGCUGUAGCUAAUGUGUUUCCACAAUCUCACCAUGGCCAUUGUAUAUGGAAUUUGUCUCAGAAUGUGAGAGGGCAUGCUUGUAACACAACCAAAGCCGUAGUCGGAUGGAGAUUUAUGGAGUUGGCUAGGUGUUACACGUUGGUUGAGUUCGAGUCUGCUUACGCAUCUUUUAAGGUGAGAUAUCCUCCAGCGUACAAGUAUUUGGAGGAGCAUACUGAUAAAAGCACAUGGGCUCGGGUUCAUUUCCCAGGUGUCAGAUACAACUUGGACACUAGCAACAGUGUGGAGUCAAUGAACAGUGUGUUUAAGGACGCCAGGAGGUAUGCUUUAAUACCAUUGUUGGAUACAAUCAUCAAAAAGUUUUCUGACUCGUUUAAUGAAUAUCGGAAGGACUCUGUGGCUAGGUCGAUUGAUACCAAACUGGUUCCUCUUGUCAAGAUUCACUUGCAUAAGAUAAUGGGAAGAAUUAUGUUGUGA